CUGGAGUGAGAGAAAGUGAGAAGGGGGAAGAGUGAUAUAUAGGUAGAGAGAGAGAGAGAGAGUUGGUGGACAGGGUAUAAAAUGGGUGGUGGUGGUUGUUUAGAGGAGGAUGAGGAGGAGGAGGAGGAGGAGGAGAAGAGAAAGGGUGAAAUCUCAGCGCACCCACUCUUUGACGCUUUGGUUGCUGCCCACACUGCCUGUUUGCGCGUCGCCGCUCCCCUCCAUCUCCGACCUCUACUGCGAUGCAACUCGACAACUCUCAGAAGCCAUCACCCUCACUCUCAACCCCCCAACUAUGAGCUCGAUCAGUUCUUGGUUGAGUACGUAUGUUUACUUGGGCGUUUGAAGGAAGAGUUGGAAGAACAUGUCCGCCUCCACGCUCUCCAGGCACUCAUGGAUUGCUGGGAAAUUGAACGCUCCUUCCAAGCUCUCACAGGAAUAAAAAUAAGGGAAGGGACAGGUGCAACAAUGUCAGAUGAGGAAGAUGAGUUUGAAACCGAAAGCAAUCAAGGUACGUCAGAAAGCAGUGCAGGCGGCCAAGAUACAUUUGGUUUUGGUCCUCUCCUUCCAACAGAAUCUGAGAGAACUUUGAUGGAGAGGGUAAGGCAAGAACUCAAGAUCGAACUGAAACAGGGAUACAAAUUGAAACUUGAAAAAGUGAGAGACGAGAUUCUGAGGAAGCGUAAGGCGGGAAAAUUACCAAAUGAUAUGACAUCCGUUCUGAAAAACUGGUGGCAGCAACACUCAAGAUGGCCCUAUCCAACAGAAGAUGAAAAGGCAAUGUUAGUCGACAAGACAGGUUUGCAACUAAAACAAAUAAAUAACUGGUUUAUCAACCAAAGAAAGCGGAACUGGCACUGUGAUUUGCCCUCAGAGACAUCUCCUAAAUCCAAGACCAAAAGGUGAUUACUUUAUGAAGAUUGUUUCCAUCAACAUAACAAUACAUGAAAAUAUUUGAUACCAGUAAGGACAUGUGUACUGGAUGUGAAAUGAACUGUUUAUAAACAAGUCAUGACCUAUUGAAUAUUAUCUAUCUAGAAGCUGGGGAGCUUAAAGACCAUAAUUUCCCUUAGAAGCUCUGGAUAUGACUUUCACUGAAGCUCUAGGUCAAUGUAAAUAUGAUUUCUCAUGUGGUUGCUAUGAUCUUUGUGAGUGUGUGUGUGAGAGUGUGAGUGAGAGUUUCAUGUGUAACAUCACUUUUCAAAUGUCUUUUUCUAUGUUCCUGUCGAGGACUAUAAAUAGCAAAUAGAUGAAUGGUGUUGUAUUUCA